AGCGACGGCCGUGGCAAACUACAGACUCGCGGGCAGGACGCUGAGGGAAGUGGCUGCGCGGCGCCGCGUCCCCGCCCAGAGCCGGGAGCAGGGGAGUCGCGUGUCGCGGCCGGUGCGCGGCGUCCCCGUGCAGUCCUGGCGACCUGUCACCGAGGACGACGUGACUCGGAGCUGCCUCCGCUUUCUCCAAGCCGUAUCCCUUUAAGAUGAUGUAAUAGUCCUUUCCCUGGAUGGUGUCUUGCCUGCGCCUCUGAAACAACAGCCCCCGAACUGCGCUGGGAACUGUGGAACCACCCAGCUCCGCCGGCCGCCGAAGCCCGAGCCCGAGCCCCCCGCGGCCCCUCUGCGCUGCGGCGGCCGGGCUCCCCGCGGCUCCCGCCGGCCUGCGAACAUGGGAGUCCGUCUGCCCUUGCCGGCAGGUGGGGCGGCUACCUGGGACCCCAGCAGGGCACAUCUGUCUUUCUUCCUGCUGCUGGGCUUUCCGAAAAGCUUCUAAGUCCCAGUACCUCUUCCAACUCUCCUCUGUUUUAAGGAUUCUUUCUAAAGGUUUGAUUUUUUUUUUUUUUCCUUCCCCUUUUUACUGGAGAAGCUUUGGUUGGGUAUUUUUCUCUGCCUUGCUUCUUCGACCCAACCACCUCUCAUCACGCUUCAACUUUUUUUGUGACUUGUUUCAACUUGAGACUGGGAGUGAAUACAUACCUAUAUACAAACAUACAAAUAUACAUUUAUAUAAAUAUAUAUAUAUAUAUAUAUAUAUAUAUAUAUAUAAAAUUAUUUUCUAAGAGCACAUCUCUCUGGCACUUUUCAUUGAUACCUCUGUCCUUUAACUCUUUGGGAUUUGACAAGCUCCAGACUCUGGCUGUGGAUUCUGCUUGCUUUGCAAAUGGGUAUCUCUUCACAGGAGCUGAGUUUCCAGCACUGACUAAGACAGACCUCGGAGUAACUGGGGACUUGGCCUGCCUUGCCUACCGAGCUUGGGACAGAUCUGAUGGAGAUGAGUUGAUUACAUUCUGUGAAGUAAUAGCUCACCACCAGCCAGGGUUGAAACUACUUUUGCAGCAUCACUUCACCUGUGGACUCUUCUGAAUUUUGCCUUCUUGGGGAAAAAAAAAAAAAAAACUGGGGUAAGAGAAGGUCAUUUUUAACAAGUUAGCUUCCUUCUCCCUCUUUGGCAAGUUGAUGCAGAGGAUAAGGCUGUGACUCCACUGGAUUGCACCUUCAAAUCACAAUAGGAGAAGAGCAAGAAGAAAGGGACAAUGGCUUUGAGUGGAAACUGUAGUCGUUAUUAUCCUCGAGAACAGGGGGCUGCAGUUCCCAACUCCUUCCCUGAGGUCGUGGAGCUGAAUGUCGGGGGUCAAGUUUAUUUCACCCGCCAUUCCACAUUAAUAAGCAUCCCUCAUUCCCUCCUGUGGAAAAUGUUUUCCCCAAAGAGAGACACGGCUAACGAUCUAGCCAAGGACUCCAAAGGAAGGUUUUUCAUUGACAGAGAUGGAUUCUUGUUCCGUUAUAUUCUGGACUAUCUCAGGGACAGGCAGGUGGUCCUGCCUGAUCACUUUCCAGAAAGGGGAAGACUGAAAAGGGAAGCGGAGUACUUCCAGCUCCCAGACUUGGUCAAACUCCUGACCCCUGAUGAUAUCAAGCAAAGCCCAGAUGAAUUUUGCCACAGUGACUUCGAAGAUGCCUCCCAAGGAAGCGACACGAGAAUCUGCCCUCCUUCCUCAGUGCUCCCUGCGGACCGCAAAUGGGGCUUCAUUACUGUGGGCUACAGGGGGUCCUGCACCAUGGGCAGAGAGGGGCAGGCAGAUGCCAAGUUUCGGAGAGUUCCCCGGAUUUUGGUUUGUGGAAGGAUUUCCUUGGCAAAAGAGGUAUUUGGUGAAACUUUGAAUGAGAGCAGAGACCCUGACCGAGCCCCAGAAAGAUACACCUCCAGAUUUUAUCUCAAAUUCAAGCAUCUGGAAAGGGCUUUUGAUAUGUUAUCAGAGUGUGGAUUCCACAUGGUGGCCUGUAACUCCUCAGUGACAGCAUCUUUUGUCAGCCAGUAUACAGAUGACAAGAUCUGGUCAAGCUACACUGAAUAUGUCUUCUACCGUGAGCCUUCGAGGUGGUCACCCUCCCACUGCGACUGUUGCUGCAAGAACGCCACAGGUGACAAAGAAGGGGAGAGCGGCACAUCUUGCAACGACCUCUCCACCUCCAGCUGUGACAGUCAGUCUGAGGCCAGCUCUCCCCAGGAGACGGUCAUCUGUGGGCCCGUGACACGCCAGACCAACAUCCAGACUCUGGACCGUCCCAUCAAGAAGGGACCCGUGCAGCUGAUCCAACAGUCCGAGAUGCGGCGGAAAAGCGAUCUGCUCCGGACUCUGACUUCGGGCUCCAGGGAGUCGAACAUGAGCAGCAAAAAAAAAGCUGUUAAGGAAAAGCUCUCAAUUGAGGAAGAGCUGGAGAAAUGCAUCCAGGAUUUCCUAAAGAUCAAAAUCCCAGAUAGGUUCCCUGAGAGAAAACAUCCUUGGCAAUCUGAACUUUUACGGAAGUAUCAUCUAUAGGGGAGGGCUGGGGGUGGGAGAAGAAACGAAUUGUGUCACCAUUUGGAAAUAAACCUCCUAACGAAAUUCGUAUUCGGAAAGGAAAGUAACAACUAACAAUAUGUUUGUUAGAACACAGUAGCCCAUUGAUAUACUACUGCCUAUUGACCUAGUUCACCUUAACAUUUAAAUCCACAGGGUAGAUUUCUUUCCAGAUGUGGAAUGAUAAGAAAAUCUCUUUUUGGUUCCUUGUUUGUGUGUUUACUGGAUACCAUGUGCUGAGUAUCUUAUGUAAAAUGAGAGCCGGCUACCGAAGAGUAGCUGAGAGGCUUUGGGAGUCCUUUAUCCCAAACUGGGUUUUUCUCUCAUCUUCUACCUCCCUCCUUUGAAUGAGAAUGUGGUAGAAAGAGAUCUGGCCCAAUGGCAUAUGUUUGGGUUUUUUAAUUUUCCUUUUCCCUUUUGUUUAUGGGGUAAGGGGGGAAAUGGCAGAUUUAUAUGACUUUUCACUCGAAUCUAUUACGUGCCAGUUUAUAUUGAUGCCGUAUGCAUGAGUAUUUGUGCAACACAAGCACAACGAUGUCUGUACAUACACACAGCACACAUGUCCCCAGGGCCUGGAUAUACUAAGGGGAACACCCCUGCUCCCAGCAGCACUCUCUUUGACUACUUUAGACACAGAUGAGCCUCUGCUCCCUUCUUAAAACCCUUCUGGGAAGAUUUCCCAGCCUCUCUUGGCAACACUUUCCAACAUCGAGUAACCCUGGUCGUCAACAAAUUGUCUUCCUUAUUUUGAAAUUAACACCCUCAGGCUCCAUUUUACAGUUUUGCUCUUUCUCUGCACUAGGAGAGGGUGAGAAGAGCUUAGUAAAACAUUCUUUGUAUUAAAGAAACAAACAUUCGUAUCCACAAAAAUUAUGACUCAGUGACCCCACACUCAGCCUUCUCUACCCUGAGCUGAGUUACCUUCCGUUUCUCAAUGUUUUCAGAGUACUUACUACCCAUGUUUUAAUGGUGUGGCCUUUUCAUGUGACCCACAUUCAGUUCUCUGCAUCCCUGUGUAGUUGUGGAAGUAAGAACAACACACAGUACUUGAAUAAGGGUCUGGCCUUUUGUUUCCUUGAGAGGGAAUUGUAUUCCACACAUCGCCUAAUAAUUUCUCAUGACUUUUUUUACAACUACAGUGCUACGUUGUUACUUUCUUAUAGCCAGUUUUGUCUGUGGGAUUUGGGGAUUUGGCUGUGCCUAUACUAUGAUUUGGCUGUCAUUUCCCUGAUGUCUGUGAAAAGCCCAACUAGAUAACUAAAACUUCAGAAUUAAGGUUUUGGCUUUCUAAACUAUCUUUCUCGAAUACAUCUUUGACCUGUAUAGAUACAGCCAAACAGAAACUGUUGAUAGCCAUCUAUCCGUAUGACUCUGUAUUCUACAUGUACCAAUAGCUCUUUCAUAGGCUUGUGGUAAAUGAAGAUUAAAAACCCAUUUUUAUUUUUAGCAUUCCUCAUGCAUUUCAGUGGGAACUUAAAAAAUGAUUUUUCAAGCAUUAUUUGUGUGCCAAGCACUCUUAAUAUUUUUUAUUGUGUGUGUGUGUGUGUAUGUAUGUAUAUAUGUGUGACAGGUAAUAAAGGCAACUAGAUAAUGUCUGUAGGAGGGAAUAUAAUAACCAAUUGCUUCCUCUUGAAAUAUUUUGUUGAUGCACAUUUAUUAUGUAGGAGGUUCUCUCAUGGUUCCUGUUAUGAGUGACCAUGAGUACAUGGUUAUCUUCCUGAAUUUUUUUAAUUCUUACCCUCACAUCUGGGCCACAGACUCAGCUGAUGUUUUCUGAUCCUAAGACUCAAAUGGAAUUUAAAGGUCUACUUGAGUGAAAAAGAAAGUUCAUUUGGGGAGUUGAGUUGUCAGGAGAAUUAUCAUUUAUGAUAAUUUAAUAAUUCAUUUAUGAAUUUAAGUGGUGUUCUUUUAUGGGUUAAUACAUUAGCAGGCAUUUGUUCUUAACUACAGCAUAGUUUUUAAGGCUCUACCAAUGUGUCUUCUUUCCUUUCAAUGUUUCUUAAUACCACAUCAUCCUGUUAAUAGAGGAUCCUGCAAGAAUCACAGAAUUUAAUGGCUCAAAUGGAAGUUGAAGAUAGAUAAAAUAUCUUCAAACUUAUGUAGAUCAGAUGAUGUUUGUGGCCCUAUUGGAGUCUGGGAUCUGCAUAAAGUGGCCAAGUUCCAAUUUCCUUAAAUUUCAGACCUAACUCUAAUGGUAGUAAGAUAGAGAUACACUGGUAAGAACUAAAGAAGGAGGAAGAAAUCAGACAACCCACUACUUCCACUGCCUGCUUUAAACAGGAAACCGAAUACUGCAAAGACGAUGUUCUGGCAUACUUUUUCUGUCCCUUGACACCUCAUGAAUUUUUUUCUGCUUAGGUAUUCCUUAUACCCUCUAGUGAAUAAAACUAGUGAUAAGAAAUCUGAUUGAAACAAUACUAACAUUUUCAAUUUGGACCAUCUCUAGAUGGACACCCACCCAAAUAUCCCAGAUAGCUAAGACAGCAGCUAGAUGUUUAUUUGUGUGGGUGUUGGUAGAGAGAUGAAUAUAGACCUGGUCAGUAAAAAGCUCUAAGGAGAAGUCAGUGGAAACAUUCAGUCCUAGUUUGAGUGAAGUUAUCAAGUAGGGUGUAGGUGGCUUACCACAUUGAAAACGAUUUCUGGGUAAGUGAAGUGAGUUAAAGAAUUAAGUGCUCUAUUAAUCCUGAUUCAUGCCUAUUUCCCUGAGCUUAAAAGUUUUAAGAACUUUUAGUUCACUUCUGGACAGAACCAUAUGUGUGGUUCACUUCUUGAAUAUUGGUUAUGAUGGAGGUCAUAAUUUGCUGAUACAAAUAAACUAAUAGCAGCAGAUGGAUCAAAUGCAUGAGGAAUCAUAUACGUAGAACCCUGAAUUAGGUGGCCUGGUGGGUAAUCCUGAAAUGCUAAAAUCUGGUGACAUUGGGAGGUCACUCACUACAGGUUAAUGUGGAUCUCCUGGAGUCAGGAAUAUAUUUAUCAGUCGUCCUACCCACUAUCAAAAACAGUUCAGCAGGAAAAGGGGAAGAGAGGAAAAUAAAGCUGUGAGAUUGCUGUGUUGGUGUGCUCUCCCUCCCCUCUAAGAAAAAGCUGCACUGAGAUGUAGUCACAAAAACAAUCCAGUGAAGUGGCCUCCGCUAUAUGCAGUGGUGUUACCCUUUGUGAUCGUAGGCAGCUAUCUGACUGGAAAUGCAUGCACGGCAAUUUAAAACAAAAGGGAACAAUGCACAAAUCAUGUGUUCCCUUCGCUCUUUAUUCCCCCAUAGCUAUGUCUACCCCCACCUGAUUCAAUUUAGGGAGAAAACAAAUGGAUUUUUCACUUUUCAGAUGCCCCUGUGUGAUUCAGAGGCAGCUUCAUUCCCAGGCACAGAUGCGUGCUCUCCAUGGUGGGUCCUCUUCGUUGUCAACUCCUUGUGCUUCUGGAUUACUUCUGCUUCUCUGGCCUUUAGAUUCCCUUCUGAUGGUCCUUUGUCUCUGCCAAGCAAAACAUGCUCCAGUGACAAAAAGAAAAGGCAUAUAUGGUGGUUUGCAAAAGUUGUUUGACACCAACUCCCAUAAUGGGAGCCGAACUUUGAUUCUUAGACAUUUUCCUUUGUUACAGAUUUAACCUUCCACCUUUGCAUUUACCAUAAUGAUUUAACCCGGAGAGCUUGAGCGCUGGUAUUUUCUGCCACUAGAUAUCAUGUUGUGGAAUCUUAAUAACCUUGAUCUUCCUAGAUAAUCUUUGCUAGAAUUAAUAAGAGUCUUUCUGUGGACUUUUAGGAAGAAUUCUUUGUCAUCUCCACUUGACAUAGCCAUUUUCAUAGGAAAAAUGAAGAGAGUUAUUUUUUCCCCCUGGUGACUCUGUGGCAGAUAAAUGUUUUCAACAAUUUGCAUGCUGGGUUAUAGGUUUAGCAUGCGCCAUUUCUCUCUUUAAUGUCUUGGUAUUGUUGGCAUCUUGCAAUCUUGAUGGCCCACUGUUCCAAUUUAUAGAGUUUUCAUUUGUAUUGUCAAAAUAAUACACUAGAGAAGGAAUCAGAGUGAGUAUUCUGUAUUAUGAGUUAAAAUGGCGUUAAUGUCAUUUGUAUAGGACUGUACAAUGAUUAAUAUCUGCAAAGAAAUUAGACCAAAUGAAACCUGCCGGAAUGGGUUUGAUUUAUAUUGCCUUCAUCUCUCUGGUUUUAGAUGAAAUGGUUAUUGCUCUCCACCCCUGCCGAAAGAAAAGAGUCUGAAACUUUAAUCACCACCAUGUUGUGAUGCAACCACAGAGCUUCUAUGUUUGAAAUGUCUCUAUUUCUCAUCUUGCAACAUGCAUUAGAACAGAGAUUCUUUCUUCGUGAGCCUCACUGCAAACUUUUUAGCAGUGUUUUUCAAUACUCACCAUGCACAAAAAUCAUCUGUAGCUCUUGUAAAAAUGCAGAUGCCUUUACCUUAGUCCCAGAGAGUCAUUCAGAAACUUUGAGCUGGUCCAAGGAAUCUGCAUUGGGGUCCACCAUUUCUCAUGAUUUUGAUGAGAUGGUCUGUGGACCUUCCUUUAAGAAAUGCUGCCGUUGAGGAUUUGAGUGUGCAGAGGCCCACAUUUUCUCACUUCCUUUCACUUUCUUUCCACGACAAAGAAGUCAGAGUUUGCUUUAUUCAUGAAGAGGAAAGGCCCAAAGAAGAGCAUCCCAGGACCAGGGCAGAGGAGCGUCAUGACUCCUCUGUCCCUUCAUCCUCCUGUCAGCCACCUUUCCAUUCUAUAACCCAGCAUGCAAAUUGUUGAAAACAUUUAUCUGUAUUUGUACAUUUGGAUUUUGUUUUAUUUUUGGUUUUUUUUUUGUUGUUUUGUUUUGUUUUUUGACAAACUGAAAACCUGCAUCAAUAUAGUUUUAUCUAGGGGUCCUCUGGGUAGAUGGGAGCACAUCUCUGAGUGAGAUAUAUCCUUAUGAUACCCAUCAAGGAAGGAAAACAUACGAACUUUCCCAAGGAGAGGUGUUCAUUUCCAGGCCUUGUACAGUGUGAAUCAGAGGAACUGGAGAACAAUGCAUAACUUAGUGGCGGUGUAUAGGGCCCCAAAGGUGGUUCCAUUAACUGAACAUACAAACACCACCAAAAUUAAUAUGGAAUGAUUAGUGAAU